AUGAACCUGUCAGUCAACAAAUCCUUGAGAUCCCACUGCAACAAACGAGGCUCCCAGCAGCUAUGUGCGGAAAAUCCCUCAGCUUCAGGACUGUCUCAAUACUUCCGAGCGGGCUGGCAGAGCGCCGCCAACACUAUGCUGAAGUAUAUCGCCGGAUCGGUGGCUCUUGAGCGCCCAGCUGCAAAGGCAGUAGCCAAGUGGCCUGCCAGAGACGGUUGCGGAGAACCCGUCGUGUUUGACGAUAUUCUAGCAUCACCGGGACUACACCAUUCACCACCUUCUUCCCAAGAUUCGGAACCUUUCACAAGCGGCCCUGUCGUCGGAUAUCGUGACAAAUUACAGCGUUUCACCGAUGCAUUAUUCGAUGACGACCAGGAUGGCCUCUGGGGUCAGAAGGUCCGCGAAUUGUUGGUCUCAAGCCUCCUGCUCAGGUAUGAUCAAUUCUUGGACGUUCUGCGCUCUCACCCUGCAGCUUGGAUCCCAGAAUGCACUCUGAAGAACUACGAUCCCCAAGAUGAGCGGUUUGACUUGGAGAAAUCCCAGGAACAUUGUCCGUCACGAUCAGUUGCGGCGCGCAUACGACAAUCAUCAAUUCUCCACCAUAUGCGAAUCCGUCCGGCUACUCAAGGACCAUCUCCUCCCGACGUCCGAGCCCUCGACUCCUUCCCAAUCCAAAGGAGCGAUCAAAUUCUCCGUCGCAUUGAAAGCACUCAGCAACUCACCCUCUAUCUCAGAUGUCACAACCAAGUUCUUCGUCGACAACUUCCCAGCCGGUUUCGCUUCCGACAAAGCAAGCGAAUCAUGGAAGGACAUGGAGAAGAGCCAGUGGAAGAGCCUCACCAACCGGUUUGCAGCUAUCAAAUGUGCAGUGAAGAUCCUCCUCCUCCACGCACCAAGCUUUCCCAGCAACCCAGACAAGAAAUCGAUAGGACAGAUGGCGAGACUAGCAGAAGAGAAGAUCCGCACCGACUUUGGCUUCGACAAGAGCGAGACGAUCACCCCCUCUAA